AUGGCACCCAAUUUUAGAAAAAUUAAGGCUUUUGGCGGUCAUAAGAGGGGCGCUGCGCCGCCUGGUUAUAUCGACACCACAAUUGAAGAGACGUCUGAUCAUGACCUAGAAGCAGGAAGUUUCUUGACAGAGAACACAAGGAAUAAUACCGUCGACAGUAACAGCCAGGGUGACAACCCGUACUUGGACGAAUAUAGAGCCUUGGUUCGUUAUGUCGACACGUAUAGAGAUUCAAACGCGGAAGUGGGGGAGGAGGACUUCUCGCAAGAGGAUCAACGAAGGCCCUGGUGGGCAUUCUGGAAAGGUGGCAAAGCUGGCUACGCUCGUGCAUCUCUAAGCGAAUUCGAGACGCCGAGUGACUGGCUAAACACAGAUAUCAGAGAGGGUCUCUCAUCAAUGGAAGUUGAACGGAGACGGAAGUUCUCUGGAUGGAACGAGCUUUCAACCGAGAAGGAGAACAUGUUCCUCAAAUUUGUUGGCUUUUUCCGUGGCCCUGUUCUCUACGUCAUGGAAGUUGCCGUCAUUAUUGCUCUGGGCAUGCAGGAUUGGCUAGAUGCUGGCAUCAUUAUUGGUAUCUUGAUGCUUAAUGCUGUCGUCGGCUGGUACCAAGAAAAGCAGGCCGCCGACGUCGUUGCUAGCUUGAAGGGAGACAUUGCUAUGAAGGCUCGUGUUGUUCGAGAUGGGCAUGAAACGGAAAUCAAAGCCCGAGAGCUUGUACCAGGCGACAUCAUUAUCAUCGAGGAAGGUCAUGUUGUUGCGGGUGAUGCUCGUCGCAUCUGCGAGUAUGAUAAUCCUCACGGACAAGCGCAGUAUCAGGCGGAACUUACAGCCCAAGAUGUCACGUCACCGCGCCAGGAGAAAUUCGAGGAGGGAGACGACGAGGGAACUCCUCACAUAGGCCAUGCGAUCGUUGCUAUCGACCAGAGUGCCAUCACUGGCGAAUCUCUUGCGGUUGAUAAGUAUAUGACCGACACUGUUUACUAUACAACUGGCUGCAAACGUGGCAAGGCCUACGGCGUGGUUACUUCUGGUGCACAAGCUUCUUUUGUGGGCAAGACGGCUAGUCUCGUUCAAGGAGCUAAGGACUCGGGUCAUUUCAAGGCGAUCAUGGACUCGAUUGGUACUACUCUCUUGGUCCUCGUCGUUUUCUGGAUUCUUACUGCCUGGAUUGGCGGUUUCUAUCGCAACCUUCACAUCGUUCUCCCGGAGGAAAGUUCGAACAACCUGCUGACUUACGCACUGAUUCUCCUGAUCAUUGGUGUACCUGUUGGGCUUCCUGUCGUCACAACCACUACUUUGGCUGUUGGUGCCGCAUACCUUGCUAAAGAAAAGGCUAUUGUGCAGAAGCUAACUGCCAUCGAGUCGCUUGCCGGAGUUGAUAUCCUUUGCUCUGACAAGACCGGUACUCUUACAGCUAAUCAACUUUCUGUACGCGAGCCUUUUGUUAUGGAAGGUGUGGAUAUCAACUGGAUGAUGGCUGUUGCAGCUCUAGCCUCAUCGCACAACAUCAAGGCUCUCGAUCCAAUUGACAAAAUCACUAUCCUUACCCUUAAGCGAUAUCCUAAGGCCAAGGAGAUGAUUAGCGAGGGCUGGAAAACCGAGAAAUUUACCCCCUUUGAUCCCGUUUCUAAACGUAUCACUGCUGUGUGCACUCACCAAGGUGUGCGUUACACUUGCGCAAAGGGUGCUCCCAAAGCUGUCUUAGCUCUGACGGAUUGCAACGAACAACAAGCUGCCCUGUUCAGGGAGAAGGCUACAGAGUUUGCGCGCCGUGGCUUCCGUUCCCUUGCUGUCGCUGUUCAAGAGGAAGAUGGCCCUUGGGAGAUGCUUGGGAUGAUUUCUCUCUUCGACCCCCCGCGCUCCGACACAGCUCAAACUAUCGCCGAAGCGCAGGCCCUAGGUCUCUCCGUUAAGAUGUUGACCGGUGACGCUAUUGCCAUUGCGAAAGAAACUUGCCGGAUGUUAGCCCUGGGAACCAAGGUAUACAACUCUGAUAAGCUGCUUCAUAGCGGUAUGGCUGGUACUGCUAUCCACGACCUCUGCGAAAGGGCGGACGGGUUUGCUGAGGUGUUCCCUGAGCACAAGUACCAGGUAGUCGAGAUGCUCCAACAACGUGGUCACCUGACAGCAAUGACUGGUGAUGGCGUUAAUGAUGCGCCGUCGCUGAAGAAAUCCGACUGUGGUAUCGCGGUUGAGGGUGCAACCGAGGCCGCCCAGGCAGCGGCCGACAUCGUUUUCUUGGCACCAGGUCUCAGUACCAUCGUUUCAGCUAUCAAGAUUUCUCGCCAAAUUUUCCAACGCAUGAAAGCUUAUAUCCAAUACCGUAUUGCGCUUUGCCUGCAUCUUGAGAUCUACCUAGUCACUUCUAUGAUCAUCAUCAACGAGACAAUCCGCGCGGAUCUGAUCGUGUUCCUGGCUCUGUUCGCCGAUUUGGCCACCAUCGCCGUUGCUUACGAUACUGCGCAUUAUGAGAAGCGACCUGUAGAAUGGCAGCUCCCCAAAAUCUGGAUCAUCAGCAUUGUCCUUGGUGCAUUGCUCGCCCUCGGAACUUGGAUCCUUCGUGGUACACUUUGGCUUCCGGGUGGUGGUGUUGUUCAGGACUACGGCAGCAUCCAGGAGAUCAUUUUCCUACAGGUCUCACUGACUGAGAAUUGGCUCAUCUUUGUUACGCGCGGUUUCGAGACGACACCUUCAUGGCAGCUUGUCAGCGCUAUUUUUGGUGUUGAUAUCCUCGCAUCCCUCUUUGCCGGUUUCGGUUGGUUCUCUGGUGGAGUGGGCGAGCCGUCGAGUCCAGCGUCGAUUUCGUCCAAGCUAUCGCAGAAUGGCGCCACCGACAUCUUGACUAUCGUUGUUGUCUGGGUGUACUCAAUUGCCUGCGUCAUCGUCAUCGCCAUCAUCUACCAGAUGCUAACUCGGAUGAAGAGCCUCAACGACCUUGGUCGGAAGAAGAGAUCGGCCCAGGACACGAUGAUGGAGAACAUCCUCACGCACCUGAGCAAGGUCGCGCUAGAACACGAGCGCGACGAGAAGGGCGGCGACCGCUUUUACAUCGCUCAGAAGCAGGUUGUGGAGGAAGAGGAAUGA